AUGGUAGUCGCAAUUUUCGGCGCGACGGCGUGUGCUGCGGUUUUUGCGCAGUACGCGUUUAUAAGAUGCGGCCUGCACGGCUCAUUCACUAGCGCGUCCUGGCCAGUGGCGACCCUCCCGGACGUUCAGAAUAUCACGCGCGUUUCUAAUCUCGUACUCUCCGUGUACGAACGAGAUCUAGCGGAGCCUCGUUUCAGCGAUGCCGUACCGCCAGCACGCGUAGUGAAGUCCGUUUCGUACGAUGACACGAGAGGGCAGUGCCCGCCGUACACCGUGUUCCUCGAUCCUGACGCCAAGGAUGUAUGCGUCGCGAUCCGCGGUCUUCAUCUCACUCACGAGGCGGAUUACGCCGUCUUGCUCAACAACCGAACGGGGCAGCAGAGGCUUGAAGAUGGAUACGCCCACAAGGGCCUUCUGCAAGCAGCGCAGUGGUUGCUUGAACGAGAGGCUGACACCUUAAAGGCGUUGCUACAAGCAAAUCCGGGGUUUAGCCUGACACUCAGCGGUCACUCGCUUGGCAGCGGAAUAGCCUCCUUGCUCGCCAUUCUCCUUGCGAGCUCGCCAGAUCGAAUUGGCAUUCUGCCGCCCGGGAAGCUCCGCUGCUUGGCCUUCGCACCGCCAAGGGUUGUGUCUCUGAACCUGGCUGUCAAGUAUUCAGACGUCAUCACCUCCGUGGUCCUUCAGGAUGAUUUUCUUCCCCGGACAGCUUUGCCUCUUCAGCUCAUUUUUGGGGCUGCAUUGUGCUUACCAUGUCUCCUAGCGUUCUCAUGUAUGAGGGACACGCUUGUUCCAGCCUGGGUGCUUCAUCAAAAUCCUGCACGCUUGUACAUACCAGGGAGAGUCCUUCAUAUAGUUUACACCAAGUUUUGCAGUUGUGCUUCCCUCCCCCCAGUUGUCAAGGAGGCAGUGCCCAGGGAAGAAAGGUUUGAGCAUCUUGUGUGCUCGAUGAAUGCUCUUCAGGACCACUCGUUGGUCCGUCUUCGAGCCAAGGCCCAAGGCGCCACUGCGAAGCUAUUGGAGUCGAAUUGUGCCACCUUGGCACCUCCUGAGCAGAUAAUGGAGUGA